AUGAAGUCGCAAUCAACGUUUCUUUUCACGUCCGAGUCUGUAGGCGAAGGCCACCCGGACAAAAUAUGUGACCAGGUGGCCGAUGCCGUCCUCGACGAAUGUCUCAAGCAGAAUCCCCUGAGCAAGGUCGCCAUUGAGGUGGCAGUACGACCCGGGCAGGUGAUUGUCUUUGGCGUUGUCCAUUUCAUCCCCCAAUUGAACAUCGACGCCAUUGUUCGCUUCGUGUUGAAAGACAUUGGGUACAGCAGCUCAGACCAGGAGUUGGACUAUCAGACGUGCGACGUCAUGGACUGCGUGGAGUUACACCCAUCGCUGCUCAGCGGCAUAUCCUCUGGCCUGGAAGCGCUCGACAAUGAACCCGCAGGCGACCAGGGGAUGGCUUUCGGAUACGCAACCGAUGAGACCCCACAGCCCUUGACCCUCGAUCUAGCGCACAGGAUCACCCGUAACCUGAAGGCUGCCCACUCCAAGCAUAUCCUCCCAUGGCUUCGACCGGACACCAAGGCACAGGUUACCGUGGAAUAUGUUGAGGACAAAGGCAGGAUGGUUCCCACUCGGGUUCAUAACGUGGUUAUCACUGCGCAGCAUGAACCGGGAGUGUCGAUCGAAAGCUUGCGGCAGGAGAUACUCGACAAGGUAGUACGCAAGUCAAUUCCAGCGAAGUAUCUGGAUGGCCGGACCGCCUAUCAUAUCCAACCAACAGGAGAUAUAGGAGUCAGCCCGUCGGGCAAGUUCGCGGGUGUGACCGGCCGCAAGAUCGUUGUUGACACCUAUGGGGGGUGGGGUGCCCAUGGGGGCGGUGCCUUUUCAGGAAAAGACUUUCGCCAGAUUGAUCGGUCCGCGGCCUAUGUGGCGCGGUGGAUUGCCAAAUCACUUGUCCACCACGGACUCGCGCACCGGUGCCUCAUCCAGCUGUCUUACUCCAUCGGUAUCGCGGAGCCCUUGAGUAUAUUUGUCGAUACUUUCCACACCAGUCAAUUUACCUCAGACCAGUUGAAGAAAAUUAUCUGCAACAAUUUUGAUCUCAGGCCGGCAGCUAUUGCGAAAGACCUCAACUUGAUCAAUCCGAUCUACUACCAGACUGCCAAGAACGGACAUUUUACUAACGACGAGUUCCUUUGGGAGCAACCAUUUGACUUGGUGCUGUAG